CAGGCCCUCAGCAGAGUCCUAGUCGUCUUCUCAGAUAGCGCCUCUCGCACCUCCCAGGCCUCAGGAUGAUGUGCGAGGUGAUGCCCACCAUCUCGGAGGACGGCCGCGGCGGUGGCGGCGGCGGCUCGUCGUCCCCGGCCGGGGGCGGAGGAGGAGGCGGAGGAGUGGGAGGAGGGAUGGGCGGCGGGAUGGGAGGAGGAGGCGGAGGAGGAGGGAUGGGCGGCUACGGCGGCCGCGAUCCCCGCGGCAGCGUGGGCGGCGGCGACGAGGGCGGCAGCACCGGCAACCUGGAGUCGCUGAUGGUCAACAUGCUGACGGAGCGCGAGCGGCUGCUGGAGAGCCUGCGGGAGACGCAGGACAGCCUGGGGACGGCGCACCUCCGCCUGCGGGAGCUGGGCCACGAGAAGGAGUCGCUGCAGAGGCAGCUGUCCAUCGCCCUGCCGCAGGAGUUUGCGGUUCUGACCAAGGAGCUGAACCUGUGCCGGGAGCAGCUGCUGGAGCGGGAGGAGGAGAUCGCCGAGCUGAAGGCGGAGAGGAACAACACGCGGCUGCUGCUGGAACAUCUGGAGUGCCUGGUGUCGCGCCACGAGCGCAGCCUGAGGAUGACGGUGGUGAAGAGGCAGGCGCAGUCCCCGGCCGGCGUGUCCAGCGAGGUGGAGGUCCUCAAGGCCCUCAAGUCGCUGUUCGAGCACCACAAGGCGCUGGACGAGAAGGUGCGGGAGCGGCUGCGGGUGGCGCUGGAGCGCGUGGCGGCGCUGGAGGAGGAGCUGCAGUCGUCCUCCCAAGAGGUUGUGUCCUUAAGGGAUCAAAUCAAGCGGCGACAGCAGGGACUGGACAACGGCAAGGAGCGGCUUCCCAACGGCCCGUCCUCCAUCCUGGACGACGGCGAGAUCGACCGGCAGCGCGAGGGCGAGAUCGAGCGCCAGAGGUCGGAGCUGGGCCAGCUGAAGGAGCGACUGGCCCUCAUGUGCCGGCAGGUCGGGGAGAUCGAGGAGCAGCUGACGUCGGCCCGGCGGGAGCUGGCCCGGUCGGAGGAGGCCAACCAGAAGCUCCAGAGGGACGUGAAAGAGGCGCUCUGCCAGCGGGAAGACAUGGAGGAGAGGAUCACCACGCUGGAGCGCCGGUACCUGAGCGCCCAGAGGGAGGCCAAGUCUCUGCACGACAUUAAAGACAAGCUGGAGAACGAGCUGGCCAGCAAGGAGUCUCUCCACCGCCAGAGCGAGGAGAAGAACCGGCAGCUGCAGGAGCGUCUGGACGACGCCAAGCAGAAGCUGCAGCAGACCCUGCAGAGGGCCGAGACGCUGCCCGAGAUCGAGGCGCAGCUGGCCCAGAGGGUGGCCGCGCUCAACAAGGCCGAGGAGCGGCACGGGAACUUCGAGGAGCGACUGCGACAGAUGGAGGCGCAACUGGAGGAGAAGAACCAGGAGCUGCAGAGAGCGCGGCAGAGGGAGCGCAUGAACGACGAACACAACAAGCGUCUGUCCGACACGGUGGACAAGCUGCUGUCCGAGUCCAACGAGAGGCUGCAGCUGCACCUGAAGGAGAGGAUGGCCGCCCUGGAGGAGAAGAACGCCUUGUCUGAGGAGCUGUCCAACAUGAAGAAGCUGCAGGACGACCUCCUGGCCAACAAGGACCAGCUGAUCGCCGAGCUGGAGCGGAUCCAGCUGGAGCUGGACCAGCUGAGAGCCCGGCCCGGCGGCUCCUACUCCAGCCGCUCUCUGCCGGGCAGCGCUCUGGAGCUGAGGUAUUCCCACGGAGGCGGGUCCCUCCCUGCAGGCUCCACCGCUCACCUGGACCCCUUCGGCAGCGCGUCCGCCGGGGGCGUGGUCAGACGGAGCCACCGGGCCCGCUGGAGCUCCGCCCGGGAGGACUCCACCAAGUACCCAGACUGGGAGAGCGGGGCUCUGCUGGGGACCGGGUACGAGCCGGGCAUGGACGUGGGCUGCUCCGACGACGAGGACGACGGCGAGCCGCGCUUCGGCUCGGAGCUGCUGUCGCCCAGCGGGCAGAGGGACGUGCAGACCCUGGCCAUCAUGCUGCAGGAACAGCUGGAGGCCAUCAACAAGGAGAUCAAAUUGAUCCAGGAGGAGAAGGAGAACACGGAGCUACGUGCCGAGGAGAUCGAGAGCCGGGUCAGCGUGGCUUUGGACAGCCCGCCCAUCCCCCCCACCUCCCUGGGACGAGACGGCACGGGACGGGGCUUCAUCCCGUCCUCCAUCACGUCCUCCACCCUGGCGUCGCCGUCUCCCCCGAGCUCCGGACACUCCACCCCUCGCCUGCCUCACUCUCCGGCCCGCGAGACCGACCGGCAGAACAGCAAAGACGACGACCGGUCCCUGGCUCUCCUGGACUCCACGCCUCCUCCCACUCCUCGUGCGCUCAGACUGGACAGGAUGACCCUCACUCAUCCGGGCGCCAUGCUCGACGACCCGCGGGAGUUUCGCAGCCUCUCGGCCGAUGGCAGCAGCUCCAACAGCAGCCAAGAUUCUCUCCACAAGUCCAGCAAGAAGAAAAGCAUCAAGUCUUCCAUCGGUCGGCUGUUUGGAAAGAAGGAAAAAGGAAGGAUGGGCCAGCCUGGGCGGGAUGGAUCUGCGUCUCUGGCAUCCACGCCCUCCGAGGACCUGGCCUCUGGAGACCCCAUGGGGAUGAACAAGACGGGGACCCUGGGUCCGGCUGAUAAAGACCGCCGCAGCAAGAAGAAGCAUGAGCUCCUGGAGGAAGCGUGUCGCCAGGGACUCCCCUUCGCCUCCUGGGACGGGCCGACCGUCGUGUCCUGGCUGGAGCUGUGGGUGGGGAUGCCGGCGUGGUACGUGGCAGCCUGCCGCGCCAACGUGAAGAGCGGCGCCAUCAUGGCCAACCUGUCGGACACGGAGAUCCAGAGGGAGAUCGGCAUCAGCAACCCGCUGCACCGCCUCAAGCUCCGGCUGGCCAUCCAGGAGAUGGUGUCCCUCACCAGCCCGUCCGCCCCGGCCAGCACCCGCUCGUCUACCAGUAACGUUUGGAUGACCCACGCUGAGAUGGAGUCCCUGAACGCAGCCACCAAGCCUCCGGAGCUGAAGGAGUUCAGCUGGGAUCAGAUCCUGGCCUACGGCGACAUGAAUCACGAGUGGGUGGGGAACGACUGGCUGCCCAGCCUGGGCCUGCCGCAGUACCGCUCCUACUUCAUGGAGUCCCUGGUGGACGCCCGCAUGCUGGACCACCUGACCAAGAAGGAGCUGCGAGGACAGCUGAAGAUGGUGGACAGCUUCCACAGGGUCAGCAUGCAUUACGGCAUCAUGUGCCUGAAGCGGCUCAACUACGACCGGAAGGAGCUGGAGCGGCGGAGAGAGGAGAGCGUCCACCAGAACAAAGAUGUGAUGGUUUGGUCCAACGAGCGCGUGAUGUGCUGGGUGCAGACGAUCGGUCUGAAGGAGUACGCCGACAACCUGCGGGAGAGCGGCGUGCACGGAGCGCUGCUGGCGCUGGACGACACCUUCGACUACACCGACCUGGCUCUGCUGCUGCAGAUCCCCAACCAGAACACACAGGCCAGACAACUUCUGGAGCAGGAAUACAACUCGCUCAUCUCCAUGGGAACGGAGAGACGACCUGACGAGGAUGGAACGAAGACGUUCACCCGCUCGCCGUCCUGGAGGAAGAUGUUUCGGGAGAAGGACCUCCGGGGUGUGACCUCCGACUCCGCCGAGACCCUGCCUGCUAACUUCCGUGCCUCAGCCAUCGCCACGCCCUCCGUCACCCUGAGGAAGGUUCAGAGUGAAGCCAGCUCUGGUGCCCGGGGUGAAUCUGCCUCAGUGAGGACGUACUCCUGUUGAGGGGCUGAGGGCGCCGACACGACCGGGACCCUCUCGCUCGUCCACGGAGAAAGAAGCAAUGAAAAUAACCAUUUAUCGUAGAAAUCAACCUGUGGGUGCGACCAUUCUGCAAUAACAGAAGCAAAGGAAUG